AUGGACUCGUCGCUGGUCCCGAUUACUCGGGAGCUGGCGCUGUGGCUACUGACGCUGGAGACGGUGCACGGGCCGUUGAACAUUUCCGUUCAGGACGUGUUGCGCGAUCACCCGGAAUUCGACUACAAAGAGCUGGUAUUAUCGGGCCAUCCGGGGUUGAAACGAUUGUCGUUCUGGACUCAGGAUAUGUGUUUUAAGAACCCCAAUCUGUUUGAUUUCGUUAUCACUUUGGGUGGUGACGGUACCGUUCUUUUUACAAGUUGGCUGUUCCAGAAUAUCGUGCCGCCGGUGCUCAGUAUCGGUCUUGGAAGCCUGGGAUUCAUGACGGAAUACAGCUAUGAAGAUCGCAAAGACGUCAUUAAAGAUGUCCUGGAUAACGGUAUUUCGUGUGCUUUGCGGAUGAGAUUCUCGUGUACAGUGUUCCGGUCGUAUGACGAUGGUAAAGUCAAGAAAGGAUACAACGAUUUACAGAAGGAGAUCGAGGCUGGCGCACUGAGUGGCGGUAUUUUCCGAACUCAUAAAAUAGCAGAGUCGUUUUGCAUUUUGAACGAUGUGGUUGUUGACAGAGGUCCAAACCCCACUAUCACUACUACUGAACUGUAUGGAGAUUUCAAGUUUCUCACUUCCAUGGAAGCUGAUGGUGUGGUUAUUUCAACCCCCAGCGGUUCGACUGCAUACUCGUUGUCUGCCGGUGGAUCACUUGUUCACCCCGAUAUUCCCGCCAUUCUGAUCUCGCCUAUUUGUCCACAUACUCUAUCAUUCCGACCAAUUGUGCUUCCAGACUCGCUUAUUAUUCGAGUAGGAGUGCCGUAUGACGCGCGGUCGUCGGCCUGGUGUAGUUUUGAUGGUAAAAGUCGAGUCGAGCUCCAGAAGGGCGAUUUCCUGACCAUAACGGCAUCUCGCUACCCGUUCCCCAAAGUCACCAACGGCCGGUCUAACACCUCGUGGUUCGAACGACUCAGCAACACGCUCCACUGGAACGAACGCAAGCGCCAGAAACCGUUUGAACCCAUGACCAAAUAG